AUGGUUCGCGACAUGAAACAAUACAUCAGCUCUUGUCCCCAAUGCCAAAUCAACAAGGUGAACCCCGGAGACAAGACCUUGGCGAAAACCAUCCCCUUUCAACCAGCAUUAUUCCCCUUUCACCGCGUUCAUAUCGACAUCAAAGGACCACUUCCGCAAACUGAAAAUGGAAACCGUUACAUUUUGGUUUCUAUUGACGCGCACACCAAAUACGUCAUGGUCUCCCCGAUGCCAAACCAAGAAACUAAGACUGUCAUCAACGCAUUCAUGGAAAGCGUAAUCACAAAAUUCGGAAUUAUGGAACUCUUAUAUUCCGAUAAUGGCAGCCAGUUCACCGACCAACUUUUCGUGCAGCUAGGAAAACACUAUGGAUUUAAACAUCAAUAUUCCCCGGUAAACACGCCGCAUCUGAAUGGUCAAGUGGAAAGGGUAAAUAGAACACUAGCCGUCAUGCUCAAAACGGCAGCCGAGGACUACAGUACCCAUUGGGACCUACACUUAUCAAAAAUGGUCUUUGUAUACAACACAUCUCCGCAUGCUACCACCAAGGAGACCCCGUUCUUCCUAAUGCACGGAUUUGACCCACUACUCCCAAGUGACUUACUUCUUCGCACCUUUUCGCAACGCCGCACAACUUAUGGUGAAACAGACGUGGCCAUGCAACAUAUUAUGGCCAUGAACAACGCCUAUGAGCAAGCCGCGCUACAAACCCACCGAACCGACGAUCAGAAUGACGACUCCGCCCCAAUACCAUCAGCUCCUUCCUCGCAGAAAACAAUCACAAAAAAUGAUCUAAUUUUGAUCAUCGACCCCGCCAAAAAAUCGAAGUUCCAACCCACAUGGAUCGGACCCUUCCGCGUUAUGGAAAGUGGCCGAUCAAUCAUAAAAGCGCGACUCCUAAGUGACCCAAGAAAAAUUACAACUACUCACGUGAACAAAUGUAAGCUAUAUUUUACUCGUGAUUCGAGCCCCAUCCUAGGGCAAGAAAGCAGCAUUUAA